CAAGGUGUUCCGUAUAUCACAGUCCCACAGGUGGCUUUAUUUCCAAGCACCGGGCUGUGCUGCUGCUGCCUCCUGCUCCCCCUGGCUCCCAAGGCUGCUUCUGGAUUUAGCUGCUGCAUCGGGAGUAAGCGUCCGCCUGCAAGUAAGCUCCAUUUCUUUCUUGAAGUCGCUGUUUUCAAAAGAGCUGUCAGCUGCCAAGGUGCUUUAGUUGUGAUGAUUUAUCAGGCACUCAGCUGAUGUACUGCCUGCCACUUUUGUUGUGCAUCACCUCCUUUCUUAAUGAUAAACAAUUGAUUGGUUUAAUGAAUUAAUAGAGGAGGCAUGCGUGAACCUCAACAAAUGCUUUUUAAUAAAUUAACUAUCUAGGCCUGUCUCAUUAAAUCAGAAGAGAACGUUUGCAGUGUGACAGCUAAUUAAUUGCUUCUUCCAAUCAGUCACCAGCUGGGAUAAAGCCAACAUUGUAAAGUUCCCCUUUUGUUUAAACAAGUGAAUGCCUCUUCCCCUUUCUGUUUCCCAAAAGUGGAUUUAAGUGGAUACCCAUGUGUGUAUCUAAGCAGCACCAGCUAACAGUGAAAUGUCAUUCGACGUGACCCAAACCAACAUCCUGUUUGCAUAACGUAUUUGAAAAGAGAUUACCUUUGUUAGUGAUGUUAAGAAUUAACAUUAUUUUCUGGAGCGUACAUAGAUCUGUAUAGGAGCAACUGCAUAUAAGCUGCAUAUGGGUAAAACAGGAUUUUUCCUUCCUAAACGGCUUAUGCUACCCUGUCACAGCACACAGCCAAGCUAUUGGAUGUCAGGCUGGCAGCUCUGCCCCACACCCAGGAGCCCAGGCCCAGUGCUCAGUGGGAGCUCAAGCUGACCUUCCUCUCACGGAACUGAUUUCCCAGCUUGGAUAAAUAAUUUUCCUCACAGGGAACUACAAAAUCAAGCAUGUGACUCAUUCAGAUCUUUUCUAAAACCAAUGGCUUUGGAUCUGUUUCAGACUGUACUUUGCUCUCUCUAGUUCAUCCAUCAUCCUGGGUAUCAUUCUACCUUGUGCAAAUCUACUUUCCAUCUUGGAAAAAUCAUCAUGAAAAUUCACAAGCCAGGCACUGAAUCUACUAAUCUGUCAUUAAUGUUUGCAUAGCGAUGAUGAAAACAAUAGCAACUUCAUCUUCUCUCUGGGUCAAGUCUUACCCAGAUGGAGAAAUAAUUAUAGUCUUCAAAGGUAAUCUAUUCUUUUCUGUAAGCCAUUACUAUUUUCAACUUUUUUUUUUUUUCUACUAAAAGCACUAGCCUAAAAAAAAUGCAACCAAUAAAUGGUUUUUACUGUGAAGAGGAUGUGUCAAUCUUAUCGUCCUCUCAUCUUUUUCAUUUGUGUUUCUAGCAAGCUUGUGAAACUGUCAGAAAUUAUUUUCUGCUGAUAAGCAAAAGAAAUAUACAGUAAAAUUCUAUCUUUGAUGAAUUUUAGGGGAAAAUUGUUUUGAGAAGGACGGGGAUUUCAUUCCAGAUAUUCUUGUCUCUAUGUGAAAUCUUAUUUAUGGGCAGACCGGUGUCAAGAGUGGGGGAGAUGCUUUUCCAGGUUAGCUUAGCAAUCAUUCUUAAGGCACAUUUCUCCAAUUACCUGCAGAGAUAUUUUAUUCACUUUUCCAAAAUUGAGUUGGCUCUGGGGGUUUUCUUUCUGCUUGUUGGGUUGGUACCAGGAUGUGUGUAUUCACAGCCAGGUGAUCAUUGUGCCAUUUGGGGAUGACUGUCACAGGAAAAUAGAGUGUGCUGGCUGCCAAGGGAAUGGUUGGGAACGUUAUUGUCACUGCACGUGUCCUGGAUACUUCUUUCUUUCCUGUAUUUCCAAUUUAGCACAGCUAAACUGGAAUCACCUACUGCACAGAUGGAGGUACUUUUCUAGCACUGUCCUGUCAUUACUGAAGUGAGUUAUCAGUGAUUUGUAGUUCUCCCUACCUUCUUCCCUGUUCCAUGAGCUCCUAUCCAGCUCUUCUGCGUGUGCCUGUCCUGCCACCCCUUGGUGAUAAAUGAGUGUUGAAAUUCUGCUGAAGUUUACCAAAAAAAAAAAAAUCCCACUGAGCCUCAGAAGUGUUUUUUUCUAUUGUGGCAAACAGUAAUUUCCAUUUGCAUAGAUAGUAACAUGAAGUCUCAAAUUUCUCAAAUUUAAAAGUCUCAAACCAUUUUUCAGAGACAGUUGUGCCAACAUGCUUGCACCAUUGUACAGAGUUGAGAAAGAUUUGGAAGACUUCAAAGAAAUAAUGAAGUGGAUUUUAAAAGCACAGUGCCUUAUGUCCUAGUUUCCUCUUUGGGAAAGACAGGAAUUGUUCCAUGGACUAACUGAUGUGAAGACAAAAAUGGGCCUGAUUUGAACUCUUACCUUUCAGAGUUCAGAAACAACUGCUCAUUCUACCCGACACUGUGAAUUUCAGAAUUCUAUGUAUAGCAAGCCAACAUCAUCUCAUUCCAAUAAUACAAAAACAAUUGCAGAAAAAUUGGAGUAAGCGUUUUGUGCUCAUUUUUGUUUGGAUUAUAUUGUGCAGCAACUCAGAUAGGAAUAAAAGCCACUGUUUUGACAUUGUAAUGGUUUGUAAAUAUAUGUGACAUUAGGGACCACUCUGCCAGAGGAAUAAAAGAGUCCUACAGGGAGCAUCACUAGUUCUGAAAGGCAGAAGCAGCUUAGGUCUGAAGAAAAGGAGUAAAUUGUCUUGAGCAGUUGAGCAGUUGCCUUGAGCCUCGGUGCUCAAAACAUGAACAUUUUAAAAUCCACUUCAUUAUUUCCUUCAAGCCUUCCAAACCAUCACCUUUCCUACCGCUUGUGGGAAGCUGUGGGGGUUUGGGCAUUGUGAGUCUUGGCCGUGAAGAACAGCAAAUUGCAUGUUUGUGUACUUAUGUGUAUGUGACAUAGGCAGAGUGGGAUGGACCACAAUUCUCUUCUCCGUGCCAACUUUCAUUUCUACCAUAGAUCAUGUUUUCACCAACCUCUACUAUUUCAUUGAAAUAUCACCAAGAUAUGCAAGAAUCCCCUUCCCUGAAGCACGGAACAUCUGUAAUAGUUCCCUAAUUUUCCACAUAAAUUCUUAGUUUUCCUCAGGCUUUGUUAAUCUCCUCAUGCUUUAGCCUGGCUGACAUUUAUGGCAGUGUGUUAUAGACACAGUGAACAUCUUUAUGGCCAGAAUGAUAUUUUCUCAUACAUGGGGACUUUUUUACCACAAUCUCAUAUAGUCAUAAAGUUAAACUCAUCCACGUGUUUCUAAUUAUUUAACGAUUUGUUUAAUAGUUUAUUUGUCACUCUUAUUUUUGUAUGUAUAGGUUGCAUUUUCAAAUCCCUAGGAAUAUGUCUUUCCAAUCAUUUUGACUGCAAGUCUACCUAUGGUGUUUUCAUUCCUGCAUUCCUGCUAAAUGUCUUACUUCAUCUUACUAGUUUUCAAAAGAUCAUUAACUUCAACUGAAGUUUAUGUGGUGGCCGUUGGUGCAUCACAGAUCUAUGCAAUCACACCAAGAAAUUAAUGCUGCUCUACUUAAAAGUAGCACUCUUAAUAUUUUCAUCAACUAAUGUAUUGCUGUCUCAAGGUGAUGCUGGAUUCAGUAACACCCAGCACGUUUCUGUCAAACAUGAUGGUUUGUGAUCCCCUGAUGUCUUGGACAGAGAUAUUUGGGACAACUGAAGAUGACUAUUCCACCUGUGACCAUCAGACAGAUUCUGAUUCUUUCUGGACAUCCAUCAACCCGGAGCACUGGAGUAAGCACAACGUCUGCGAAUGGCUGCAGUUUUGCUGUGACCAGUACAAGCUAGAUGCCAACUGCAUUUCCUUUUCCCAUUUUAAUAUCAGUGGCUUACAGCUCUGCAACAUGACCCAGGAAGAGUUCCUGGAUGCUGCAGGCAUUUGUGGUGAAUACUUGUAUUUCAUCUUACAGAACAUCAGGAUGCACGGCACAUCCUUUUUUACUGACUUAGAAGAAACAAAGUUAUCCAGCAAGGACUGUGACCUUUUGACCAAGUUGCCACCAGACUCAGGAGUUCCUUCUUCACUUCUCACGUUAUUCUGCAGUUCAGUCCCAGUGCAUGAUAAAGCAUGCAUAAAGACAGGUGGCAUCAGCAGCCAAGAAUGUCACAGUCAUGGUAGAACAAACCUUCAGAGUUCACAUCUGUGGGAAUUUGUAAGAGACCUCCUCCUUUCUCCUGAAGAAAACAGUGGCAUUCUGGAAUGGGAGGACAGGGGAAAAGGCAUUUUUCGAGUUGUCAAAUCAGAAGCUCUGGCAAAGAUGUGGGGACAAAGGAAGAAAAAUGACAGAAUGACAUAUGAAAAACUGAGCAGAGCACUUCGAUACUAUUAUAAAACAGGCAUUUUGGAACGAGUAGACAGAAGGCUGGUGUACAAGUUUGGGAAGAAUGCCCACGGAUGGCAGGAGAACAAGAUAUGAACUGCUCAGUGCUCCCACAAAUGCCUGGCACAAAACACGCCACAAUCUGGAUGGUCCAGCUGCAGUGGACACUUGAGAGAGAGGCUUUCCCCUCCCUUUCUCCCCUCAGCCCAUCUGGACGAAUUCAUUGGAGUCUGCUACAGGAAACAGGCUACAGCAUCAAAAAAAGCACUUGAAUUUUGGAGUCGUUUCUGCCAAGCACUGUCUGCUAGGAAGUCUUUAGGAAUAUCUUUAUCUGCUGCUCAAGUGACAAUUAAAUCCUGCCUGUCUCCCUGCCUCAGCCAAUAAUGUCAAUGACCAGUACGAAAUUCCUCUCUGUUCUGCUGCCAUUUAAAGGGGAAUAUUUAGAGACAUUUCCCAGUUAUGUUACAGUAUUUCUAAAGAAAGUAGAAAAGCUUCUUUUCCAUUUGAUGAGAAAAACCACACUUCUGAUCCAUUCCACUCUAAAUCACUGCAUUUCUCAGAUAUGCCAGAAAUCCAUGUGUUGUCUGAAACGUGCAGUCCAGUCUCCUCUAUGUGCCUGGAUUUAAUAUAUCCAGUCAACAUAGUUAACAAAAAAAAAAUCAAUCUCAAUUCUGAAAUACAUGUAUCAAGUAAUUACUACCUUUAUCUGCUAAUUCCAUCUGUGAAAAGAUGUAGAGCAACACACACUUGAUGUAUUUGAUUUUUUUAUUUUUUUUUUCCAUGAAGAUGAAUUCAAGUUACUUCUGCAUUAGGAAGAAGCAGUUCUGGAUAGGGUACAAGAAUUUGCUGAAGUAGAUUAGUUUUGAAAUGUAAAUGAAUAUUUGUGGAGAUGUUUCUAAAGAGCUUUUGCCCACAUCUAUGCAGACAUCAGUUGAACACUUCAGAGCAGCUUACAGCAGUGUUGUACAUAUACCAGUAAAAUUAACGUGUGGUGUGUGCCCUCAGCUGCUCCAUAGAUCAACCCUACAAUAAGCAAAUUUGUUAGAAUGAAAGGCGGUAUGUGAGAAUUCAGUUGCGGCUUUUGGAAGCAUCAUGACUAUUCUGUAGUUUUACAAGGUUUGCUUCUUCAACGUAAUAAAUUUAAGCUACAGCUGUAAAUGUAUCAACUACUUUAGCCUUACCGCAAGUGGCAUUCAGGGAAGUUCAAUGGGCCUCUAAACUUGCUUUCCAAUGGACAACUCUGCACACAUUACUCUACAUAAUCCCAGGUCACUGAGGACUUCCUUAACCCUAAAGCCUUUUUCUUGCAACUCAGAAAACCGUGGUAUUAUUUGCAAUAGGAAUUAGCUUUCAUGGCAAGUGUCUGUUGUAAGAAUUGGGAUUAUCAGGUGAAGAACAGCUGCAGCAACCCCCAUUCCAGGCACUGCACUACAUGGGAUUACAUGGGCAGCAGCUGGAAUGGAGGAUGGUGGUUACUGACUUCAGAACCUAGAUCAGGCCCCAGCACUACCAACAGCCUGCAAAAUUCACAUUAGAGAUGACUACCAAUGAGGUUUCUUCCAGAAAUUACGCGUAUUUGUUUGGAAAGGCUCCUCUUUCUCCUAUUUUUCAGCCACGUGUUUGUUUUUAUCUGCAUAACAGCUACAGAUAAUCUUUCUGGGAAAUAAAUUCCUUAGGGAUAUAAACACAGCAUAAAGGGCAUGCUGUGAAAAAAUGCUCAACGUUUAUUGCAGCUGCCUGUUUCAUAAUAUGGGAAAACAGCUUGGCUGAAGGAAAAACAAGGCACUAAACUUGACAUAGAAACACUUCUUAGACUAUGACAAGAUGUAGAACUGAGGGAUGCAGAUUUUCAAAUGUGUCUGACACCUGUGUAAUUUAGGUAGUAAAAUAUAGUACAAAUGUUCUGUUUAGGCUUCUAAAUAGAUAGAUAGAUAGAUAAAUAAAUAAAUAAAUAAACAAAUAAAUCAAGCUUUCAAACUCUUUAAAACUAGCAGGAAUUGCCAACAUUCCACCACACUACCUGCAAAACACAGCCAGGUGGCCCUCUUGUGCCACGUCCAAAAGAGAUCAACAAGCCUUUAGGCCCCAAUCCAAUUAUGAAUCAUAGAAUUGCUGAGGUUGGAAAAAGACUUUAAAGAUCAACGAGUCCAACCAUGACCACCCAUACUACCCUAACUGUAACAACCCUCUGCUAAAUCAUGUCCCUUAACACCACAUCCAAAUGGUUUUUAAACACAUCCAGGGAUGAAGAUUUACUGUAGAGAUGUUCUUAAAAUGUGAACUGUAAAAUAGAUUUUCCUCUUAGGUUUGUAGAGUUUCCUGCCCACUGCAACUUGUUAACAACAUGAACGAAGAUGUAUGCCUUUCUUCCUCUCGUGUUGCCAUAACUCCUUUCAAGAGUUCCCAGAACCACUCCAUGGAGGCCGGAUCUUGUAGCCUGGGCCUGUCCCACAACUUCCAGAUGUGGACCAGGGCAGCACCAGGCAUCUCUCUGGCACCAGGCCCAGGGAGAUCCAGCCCUGAUGGCUGUGGAGACAAGGACAGCUGGGACUGGGCAGUCACUGGGGCCUUGGUGAGGAUCACCACGAGGAGAGGUCAGGCAGGGUCAGUCAGCUCAAAAAUGUAUAACUUAAUCUAGCUCUGCCAUAAGAAUGGAAAUUCAGAAGACGGGAUAAUGCUAAUCCCAAAGUCUAAUCCAUCAACACAACUUCCCCCUUGUGCAGCCAAUCUAAGCAGCGCAGAUACAGCAAAGAACAAGAUGCUAUUUCAGAUAUUGUUAAGUCAGAGCACACGGCGCAGAACUCUUUGGAAGGGAGUGGCCUGUUUAAGCAUAGCUUAGAAACAACCUGAUAAAAAUCUGAAAGUUUUUAAAAGGGUCAACUACUGUAAAUUGUUAGUGUUGUAACUCUAAUGGAGCUGUGAUGAUCCAACAGAGUCUGCAGGCAACUUCAGCCAGGAAAAAAGGUUGCCCAGCUGUUCCUUCACGCUCAUGAAUGCAGUAUAGAAACAACAGGCAAUUUAAUACGCUUCUCCCAAGGCAGAUAACACAUCUAUUUCUAAAAACUAAAGCAGAGCAGAAAAACAUACAACAUUAUUUUUCAUACAUUGCCUUCCUGUACCACUGAAGGCAUCAACGGGCAACAGAAUCAAGAUCCUAAAUGGCUACACGUGGAAACUGUUCACCUAUCGACAUUUACAAUGCCAAUGCAAAUGUCCUUUUUUCAAAUCUCCAAAGAUAUUGAGGAAGCCAUUUUAUUCAGAAAGAAUUAAAUCUAGCAUCAUUACUAAGGCUCUCAGCCAGAAAAUGCACCGCCUUCUACAUCCUAAUGCCUACCUAGUAUCAUUCUAAGCUGUGAAAAGGGAGCUUCCUCUAAGGCAGGCACAAGUAUUACACAGGAUCAUUGUAUCUUCAGAAAGCAUGUAAUUCUGCACACCACCUUUGUCACAAGGGGUUACCUUGCAAAACAUCAUUUAAGAUGAAUCACAGCUUCUUGCUGUGUAAAUCCUUGUAAAUCCUGACUAUCUGCAUGAAAUGACAGAAUUUGUCAUUCUCCAGCAACAUCUGGGUUAAACCUGUAUUCUACCUGGUUUGGAGCAAAAGUCAAACCCAGACGUCAGCCCUUCCACAUGCCAGAAUAGCAUCUUAGCCUAUUUCAACAGUAAAUGAUACAUGUUUUACUAAUUGCAGGCAAGGAUUUCAGGCCGAUUAUGCCUCCAGACAUCACAUAAAUUAACAAAAUCAGUUCCUCUAUUUAGGCAUGAUGAUUCCCACCUCUACCUGCUUCUAGCACAGAAGAAAUGCAGAGGCCAAGGACUUUGUUAUGGAACCAUGGCAGUCACCAGUACAACUUGGAAGAGCCUUAGCUCUCACACUCUGUUCCUUAAAAUCCUGCCAAAUCUUAACAAAAUAGAAGCCUGAUUGUAAGUCAGCUAGUUUCUGUCACAAACUGAACUAUAUGCAUUGCAUAUUACUGCUUCAAGCUUGGGAAAAUACUGUAUUUCUAAGCAGCAGUUUCUUUGAAGGUUCACUUUACAAGUUCAGAAGAUGGCAAGUUUGAGCAGUCUGAUCUUGAAGAAUGUGCUUUGAAAGUUUUAACCUUGUCCUGGAGGCACAAAGUGCAAGAAGAAUAUGCUUUAGUUUUUAUUGUAAAAUCCAGUUAAAUCAUCUUCAAACUGAGCUACAGAAGAAGUAGGAAUGAUUGUGUGGAACAUUUCUUACCACAUUUUCCCCAAUACGCAAGUUCUCAUUAAACAAGAAAGGAAAUCAAACGUCUAAUUAAACUAUUAUUCAUAAUUAUUAUUUAUUUCUUUUGCUCUACUAUUAGUAAGCAAGGACAUAACCUAAUUAUAUUACCAUCUGUGCUGUCACUUCUCAGAAUCAAUAUUUUUAAGCAAGAUUUAAUUCAGACUGAAUGUUGAAGUUGGAGUGACAUUCUCGUACUGAUAAUUUUCCAAAUACUUACUUCUUAUUAUUUAAACAAAACAUUAAAGUCAUUAAAGGGGAAAGCCUCAGAACAAAGUUGGCUGUUUAUCCAGUGAAAAUCCUGUAAGGGAGGAUUUUCAUUCACCCUAAGGAGGCUUCUUCAGCACUAUUUAUUCCAAAGAGCUUGCAUACAGGUUCUGCUGCCAGGCAAAUAUUAGAAGAAUUGUCAUCUGAAAUGCUAAGUCAAAGCAGCAUGGGAACAGGAAGAAAUUUCCUUUAUCAGCUCCAAACACAUUCUUGGUUGUUCUGUCCCAAGCCUCCUAUAUGGUUGGUCAAAAAAGGAAAGUAGUGAUGAACUUCAUGCAGGCCCAGCUGACCAGAAUUUCAGACCAAGAACAAAUUUUAGACUUGGCUUUACGUCUUUGAGAGCCAUGUGUUGAUUUUAGCAAAUCAAGAUGACAUUCGCAUGGAAAAGAGAAGGAAGAUGAUGUACUUUAUUUUUUCUCAGCAGUGUGCUCACUACCAAUCAUAGCUGCUGCUCUCAUUGCCCAGGUGGGCUUUUUGGCUUCACCCAACCGAUUAUUCUCCCAUCCAUAGGAAAGCAGGAACACAGAAGAGCAGCAGUACAGGACACUGCCAACGUUUUACCUUCAAACAUGCAGCACCUACACAUUCCGUUAGUGAUCUCCAGGACAUUCAUUGCAUUUCAGACCUACAAUAAAGCUAUUUCUAUUGACAUCCAUUGGGAGGGGGGUGGUGAGGAAGGCACCAAGUGUUUCUCUAUCACAUUCUGCAGCAAAAAGUGCAGCUCCUGGACGAGACGUACGAGUAAGGCAAUGUUUGAUAGGCAGCACAGCAUCAGAAAUUAAUUCUUUUCUACGCAAAACUGAAACGAAGUAGAAUAAUCAUUUUUUGAAUUGCGUGGUACUGAGCAUUCCUUAUGUUAAAAGGUUGCAGACAUCUAUUUUAAAUUUAAUUUACUCUUGUAUUCCAGAACAAUCACUUGUUCCUAGGAGUGCAAUUUUGUAUUUCAAAUUCUUAACAGCUCUUUGAGACAACUGAUUUGCAAUGCCAGAAUUCUCCAUCAGAGGCCACAGUUGAGCUAAAACAGCAUUUGCUGCGGUCUCAGCCAGAGCUCCAGCACCCUGAUCACUUGCAACACUUUCACACACGCUCCUACCAUUUUGCUAUGUGCAGUAAAUUGUAAUAAAUGAAAACCGGGCAACCAGGUCUGCAUUCAUAAUGAUUUAUAUCUUGCCGUCGCUUACUGUAACGAUAUCACUGAUGGAAAAUGGUACUUUUAAGGCUAAGGAGUUUCUCAGCAUUUUGCAUGUUCAAAAAUCCUAGGACUAUCAGAAAGAGUGUAUGUUGCUGUUUACCUUUUCAUUUUAAUCACCUGAACAAAAAAGUCCCUCCAUUGUUAACAUUUAAUAAUCUUUGAUUCUUGAACAGCUCUGGAAAUAAACUGAGAGUUUGGACUGCAAAUAAAAUCAGAUGAGAGAAGUAGAACAAGAAGGCAAGUAAAAGUGUAAAGUUACACAGUUGUUUAUACAAGUUCUGUUUGCUCUCAGGAAUGACCAUCAUUGAACUCGUGAUGACACAGAGCUUCUCUUGGUCCUGAACAUAUCCUAGUUAGUUUUUAAAUUGGCUACAAACAAGGUUGAGUGCCAGAAUUUGGUCUUACGCACUGACACGGAGAAUAAGGGAAUGCAGGAUGCAGACUCAAGGUUUUAAGUGAACUAUAGAGUUGUCUCAGCAUCAAGGUGAAGGCAGCUUAAAGAGCUCAAGGUGAACUUUAACUAGCUCAGAGGACUUGGACUUUGGUUCUGCCAGUCAGAAAGCAAAGCAGAGAAAGGGGCUAAUUUAGAUACUGUGAGUCUCUGUUGAGAGAAGCCAGUGUAUUUUCAUGAAUUAGUAACUGUUCAUCCAUUGUGACUUCAUCCUCAGACCCUGAAAUGAAAGUGCAACUUCUGAAAAAGUGAAUUUGAGAGGAAAAAAAAAAAAGUCAUCUGAAUAUCAGCAGUUAAGACUGCUUGCUUAUAACAGUGACGGAGAAGAGGUUAAUACAUGGAAAUUUCACCUGGUGGAAAGAUACAAGAAAGCCUCUGAUUAGAUAAUGAAUGGACUUUGCAUUGUUUGUGCAAUGAUUGCCUGAAUUACUUUCAACUAAGAAACACUCAGCACUGACUUUUUAAAUAAAAGCCUUUAACCUGGUACGAUCAGUCAGAACGUAAGAGAUUUGUUAUUAAUUAAACUAUCUUCUGCUCUGAAAAAUGUGCAAUCAUGGUUAGAGGUUAACAGCACAAAGUGCUAUUUCAGAACCAUGGGAGUAAAAGAAAUGGUUCUUGAAAACUGUGGAAGAAAAGGAGUGGGGCAGAGAACUCACAUUGUUGUCAGUUUUCUCCACUGUCGACCAACAUUUACUCAUAGAAUCACAUCAUUGAGGCACAAAGCAACAUUAGCAUUCAUCUGCAAGUUACUACUUUUAAUAGCCUUUUAAAAUUACUUGAAGUACUCAUUUAAAAUAACUUCUGAUUUUGAGGAACUGCCUUUUCUUUUUACCUUGGA